UAGGUUCGGUCUUGACCAUGCGAAGCUACGACCAUUGUUCUCUCGGUAGUUUGUGACUAGGAUUUGGGAAUCGUCUACAAUCGGUUGGCUCGCUACGCAAUACUGCCCACUGAGCCAUUACUUUGGAAGAUAGGAACAAGAGUACCUUGAGUGGCUGUCUUGUUGGACCCCCUAACAUGGCUCGAUUGCGAUGUAGCGUGCCUUUCUUGGCUGCUAUAGCCUCUAUAACCUUGAUAACUGCUCCUGCUCUUGUACAAUCCCUUGACAUGGAAUAUUGUGCAAGCAUGAAUACUGCCGAAACUCCAACCAAUAGCAGUAUAUGGCAAUCCAACGGGCUAUGCCACGACUUCUGCGUUGAUCACGACGGCACCGCAUAUGCCUUUGCCAUUGUUCAAUCGCACAGUUGCUGGUGCAGUGACUAUAUACCUGCCGAGUCAGAGCAAGUAGACACCGGCAAAUGCAGCGAUACCUGUCCCGGUUGGAAGCCAGACACUUGCGGCGCCCAAGGUCUAUACGGAUAUAUAGCACUAGGUUUGACCCCGUCGGGUACAGCAGAUGCGAGCACAUCAACAUCUACUACAGAGCAAACUACUACUCCGACCGUGGAAACAUCGAGUACUGUUACCUCAACAGACGACUCGACCACAAGUACCACUGCAACUAAGGCCUCUACAACUAUUAGAAUACCUGAAAGCACCCCUUCAAAGACAACCGACCAAACUACGUCCACACCUACUACGUCCGUCAAGACCGUAACGGCUGGUGGGACGAUUAGUUACGAGACAGUGACGGUGCUGCCAACGGCAAAUCCAGAUCCUGGAACCGGGUCGGGCCCCAGUGCUGACCACAACGGGACUACGACGUCGAGUAAAGGGCUUAGUAGCGGUGCUGCUGCAGGUAUCGCCAUUGGAGUCUUGGCUCUCGUUGCUAUCAUCGGUGGCAUUGCCGUCUUCUUCUGGCUCCAACGCAAGAAGCGCCGACAGGAGGAAGAGCUACAUUCCAGACCUCGUAGCCAUCUGAGCGGCUCACAGGGUAUGAUGAGCACACCAACGACCACCAUGGCGUCUAUAUGGGAUGGAGAAAACACGUCGACAGGCCGGAGAAACAGUCGUCUAAUGCCUCAUGAUCCUCGUAUGGACCCGUUUGCCACCAACAUUUACACGCGAUUCGAGAACAAGAGUCGAGAAAGUAUCAAUACCCUGCAAGAUAAUCAAGACUAUUCGAGGAAGGUGCUCCGAACAACGAAUCCCGAUCCUCCAGAUCAGUAAAGAAUGUUGAUGGACACGAGCAUUUUUUUUCGGGGUGGUGACAGUUGAUGGGCACGAGAUUUAGCCGUUUUCUUCGUCAUUGGGUCAUUGCAUUGCAUCUUUCUUUACGAGAUACCAGGACGGCGUUUCAGGACAUUGACAUUUGAGAGCGAAGUCGACACCU